AUGGGUGACGAUUUCAGUGUUGAUGAAAAUUAUCUUCAAGAACCAGAACAAGACUUCAACCGGAAACAACCAGAACAUGUAAAAACUGGAUUAAAAAUGAUUUGUAGAAAAGAUGACGUUGAUUGUUUGAUCUAUUUAGAUGAAUAG